CCGCUUGAAUGUGCACGAAGAUUUGGAUUCGAGACUGCGCGAAGAGCACAUGGCAAUAAAACCGUUUGAGGUAGAAAAGAAUGUUUAUGUUUUGAUGUGAGAACAAGCCGGGGCAAGGUUUUUUGUGAUUUCGAACAAGAAUGGACGGUGUUGAACAUCUUUAUAAAAGUUUUGGCGUGCUAGCAGAUGCGAAAGACAAAGCGAGCGAGGUAUGAUUAGACACCACUCCAACAGACCUUAACUAGACGUAUGAAAUAUGGCAAAAUUUUGACAACCAAAUUUUGCAUAUUAUUGCAGCGCUCUGAGCCUCUGACCACUGAGCUACAAAGUCCAGUUUCCAAGCAUUAACCCUAAGUUCUUCUACAGUAUAUGUAGUAAUUUAAGUGAUGCUAGUGUUUUCUUUUUGGGGACAUAUCAAGAUUUUGGACAGAGAAUUUGAGAUAAAUGUAGAUCAGAUGCGAAUGAAAAUAUUCACAUAACAAUUAUAUAUGAUAUGCCCAAAAUCUUGAUAUUUAUAUACAGUGCUGUCCUGAAGUAAUGUAACAACCCUUUGUGGAAUAAGUUGCAUGAAGUCUUCAUGUACAUGCAUGCAUGCAAAAUUGUUCAACCACAUAGUUCUUUGUGUACACAUUAUUUGUGUGCAGUUGGUGUUUGUGUGUAGUUUGUGUGUAGUUGGUGUUUGCGUGUAGUGCAGCAUUUGCAUGUAUUCGAUGCAAAUUCCUCGACGAAGCGAUUAAUUAUGUGUAGCAAUUCUGUAUGCCAGCGUAUUUUAAUAUGUUAUUAAUGACAAUAUGUUCGCAUCAAAAUUUUGGCGUGAAAAAAAUUUUGACAAUUUUGAGAGUUGAAUCAUUUAUUUUCACCAAACAGUUGACAAUUCAAAAUUACAUAAUUACAAAAUGCAAACUUCGUAUGCAAAGACUACAUCCAAUUUAAUAUAAUAAUUAUUAUUAAUUAUUAUUUAUUAAAUCUAAUCCUGAGGUUCCGAGAACACUUAAGUCUGUUUGUGUGAAGUGUCACACAACUCACCCAUUGACUAACUUGUCGAAUCGAGCAUGUUGGGCCAAAAAAAAAAAUAUGUGGGUUUCCCGACUAGCUUUUGGAUGUCGAAAUCCCGACUCUAAACUUUUUUGUUGGAUCAUGCUUGUAAGUGUUUCCACUUAGAGGAAAAAGUUUGUGGAAAAUUGAAAUUUGAGGCAAUAUUAGGGAAAUUUAUCUCUGGAUGUGGAAGCACUGACUAAACAAAAUGGCAUCCGCUCGUUCGGAAAAUUAAAAAAAAAGUUAAAACCGACCUACCCUACCUAUGUUUUUAUAAGAAGAAACCGGAAACCCACAUAUUUUUUUUGGCCUUGUUAAAUUUACUGUCACAUAAAUUUUAAGUCAUUGAUUGUAAUUUGUUGUGCUUGUUUGUUGAUCUUCACGUCUGUCCCAGUAUGGAAUGUAAGUGUUGUGCACCGGACAUGUCUGGUGCACAACGCCCUUCAUUGGUGCACAAUCUGGUGCACAAGAUUUUACAAUAGUAAUCUGUGGUGCACAUCUGGUGCACACAUAACAAGUUAAAUAAGGGUGGUGCACUGGUGCAUAAUUCAAGAUUCCCAAUAUUAAUUCGUCAAAUAGAUUUAACAGCAAAAGUUAGUAAAACCUAUUUCUUGAAAGUAUCUGGAAUGUGUAGAUCUGAGUACGGUAGGCUUUGCCGCUUUGGACAAUAUAUUCCCUUUUGAUCUAUGGAUCCAGGAUCCAAUAUAACGUAAACUAAAUGAAGUACUCUGAAAUACUGCUGACCACUUGCAACUUUGAGUUGAAUAAUAUUUUGAAGGCUUUCCGAGAAAAAUUGACUUUCCGAGAAAAAUGUAAAUUUAGAUUUUAUAAUGUUGUUUUCUGACCAUCAGAAUUGUGUAAAAUCUUCCGUCAAAGUCCAGGAAAUGGCAUUUCAGAGACUUUAAAUUUAAAAAUUUCUCGGGAGUGCAUGCUCUUGUACUCCCCUCCAGGUAUCUCGUGCCUUCAGAGCUCCUCUCACACCUUUGGCAAUCGGCACGAGAAUUGGAGCACUCGAGAUUUGAAGUGAAAAAUUUGGUGGUGCACAAAUUUUCGACCGGCUGGACAACCAAUCCGUGCACACAAAAAAUGAUCAACUUCCUUGUCCGGUGCACGAAAAAGUUACAUUCCAUACUGGCGUCUGUCUGUUUGUUUGUUUGUUUGUUUGUUUGUCUGUCUACAAGCCUGUUAUUGUUCAUACUGUGUAUUUCGAAUGUCUGGGAACCCUGUUAUUGGAGAACUAAUCUCUGUGUGGUAAUUACAUGGCUGGAAAUUGUAUUCCUUCCAUUGGAAGAUGCAGAAUUCAUGGUGCCAAUUAACAGUCUACAAAUGACAAAUUGCCACACGAAAAAGCAGUUUUUUAGGCCAAAAAAAUAGCAACCUACAAUUUCCUGAAAAAGUUGUCGAGCACAAUAUAAGGGGCCAGCCAUUUAACUUUUGAGGGAGGCGGGUGAUUUUGAAAACAAUUUCCUGCAAGGCUAUUCUGAACAAAAAAAUACCUGCACUAACAAACUGGGGGGAAUAUCCUGCCCCGGUAUUUGGUGGGGAAAAAAUGUUGCAAAACAGCAUGGUUGCAGGGAUCGAUUUGACCAGUCCCAGAAGAUCAGCUGGUUUGAUUUUCAGGGACUAGUGUAAGGUUAAUUUCUUGUUGGAAAACUCCUCAAAAUGCUGGAAAUAGCUUAUCUGAGCUUCAAGAAAUCAAAAAUUUUCUAUUUGCUAUUAGAAAUUUAAAAUAUUUUAUUGUUGUUCAAAGCGAGAAGAAACGAUACUUCCAUAUAUGGCACAAAUGUGUCCCCAGUUAACUUCCUUAUAUGGCACAAAUAUAUUUUGUCGAGGCUGCUAUGAUGUCAUAAGAUUCCUCACGCUCAGAAUGAUUUGAACAUGUCACAUGGUAAAGGACCCAAACUGCUGAUUGGGUUAGCAAGUGACAACGCCCACUCUGAUCCUACCCUCUGUGGAAAUCACAGGCGUGACAUCAGAGGCGUGACAUAAUAUUUUGCAUGAGUAGGGAAAGCUUGGGUUCUAUUGUAAAUAAAUAUGGCAGCCAGGUGCCGUAUACUCUAUUUUAACUGCUAUUUAGAUAGAAUACUGCUGUUGUCAAAUUGAAUUGGUCCUAAGGCCUGUGGUAUGACCAGGAUAUGGAACUAAUUGUCAAAAUAAUUUACUUCUUCUGUGAUCUCAUUGGUCAACAGUUGUUGUAAGCAGGGUAAACUUGUUAAAACUUCUUCAUGUGGGACUAAAUUUCUUCGAAAAGAUUCUUAAAAUGUUGUUAAUUGAGUACUAAAAAGACUUCAGAAAAUCGAGUUUCGUAUUGAUAAUGACAAGUGGUUUGCGGGGAAAAAGAUUUCAUUUUUUACCCUACUUGUGACAUAUCGAAUGCGUAUCCAAGAUGGCGGAAUGCACACCAAUUUUGAUCAAUAUAAAUUUGUUUCGAAAACCAAGCAAGAUACAGAAUAAUUGUAAACAAAGUUUAUAUGUAGUUUUGGAUGUUCUUUCAAACAAGAGAAACUUAAUUUAUAUUGCCAUAAUGCCCGGGCAUAUCCCUUUAAACUUCAUUAAUAUUUUAUAUCUUAGUAUCCUGAAGAGUAUCAAACUAUUUUGGACAGUUCAACUGGGAGCAAUGGUGAGAAGAAAUUGGGUGCGACUUUCAUUCCUCGUUUCUUCAAAUAUUUCCCUGAACACCAACUGAAAGCCCUAAAUUGUUUAUUGGAUUUGUGUGAAGAUGAAGAUUCAGCUGUAAGUAAUAUGAAGAAAUUAUAAUGCAAAAAUAUCUUUAUGCAGUAAUCAAUUUGCAAUUACGUUUUUGAUGUCGCUAAAAGGUUUGCUUUGGCACAAUGGAAAUGUGGCUUCUAGAGUGAAUAGUAAAUUAUAUUAUGCAAUGCUGUAAGUUGCAUAAUUGGAGAAUAUGGUAGGUUGUUUGCAACAGGCACAGAUUUUCUGGGGGGGGUGCACCCAAAAUGACCCCCCCCCCCUCACAGGCAUUUGGCACCGCCCCCAAAAGUUUUUGCACCCCCGAAAAUUAUAUAUAUUUUGAUUUGAUAGUUUCAUAUUUGAUUAUUCUUACUACUAAAUUUGUAAAAUUACCAAUAUUAUGGUCUUGCCAUGUAGGCCUAGAAAACAAAUUUUGUUAAACUUUUUCCUUGACCUUUCCAAAGCAAGCAGCAACACCCCCCAGAUAUUUAUCCACCCCACCCCCGAACAAAAAUAUGAAAAUCCAUCUCUGGUUUGCAAUUUGCCUUAAUAGACCUUAUGCAUAAUGACGUCACAAGGCUUGAUGCCUGUGAGGAAUGCUAGUCUUAGCAGUCAUCACCCGGGAAAAUUUCGAUAGUGUUUUCCCGGACGAUGACUACUAAGACCAGCAUUCCUGUCGGGCAUCAAGCCUUGUGACGUCAUUAUGCAUAAGGUCUAUUGCUGACCAGUUGCUGAACAAAGUGUAGAAAAUAUAAUAAUAAUAAUUAAUAUGUACUGUUUAUACUGCAUAAGCCAUAUAUUUUCAACAUUUAUGCAUUGAUGUCUGUCAUGUUUUUGCUAUGUAGAUAAAAUAGUGGUAAACUCAAUCCUUCAUGCAAAAACGAAGCUAGCCAAAAUUCCUGGCAAAACCUGGUUGAAUAACUAAAAGCAGUCACAACUCCUUACAUAAGUAUAUAUUGAUUUCUUUUAGAUUCGAAGGUUGGCUAUUAAAGCAUUGCCAAGUCUUUGCUAUGACACCAAAGACCAUUUAACGAAGAUAGCUGAUGUUUUAACACAACUGCUUCCAACAGGUAUAUUUUUUAAUUAUUAUUAUCAGUUUAUUUACACCAUUUUGCUGCUGAAGCUGGAACAAAAAUAUUUACAUCAACAUUUAAAAAAUUUAAAAAUUAUGUCAAAACAAUGUUAUUUUAUACUAUAAAAUAUACUCUAACCAAAACAACUAUUAAAAUACCUAUAUUAUAAAUACAUGCGUGCAUUCAUCAAAACUAUAUUUAAUGGUUAAAAAAUUGUUAAAGCGUUCAGACAUUCUCAGUAAAACUUAUUACGGGAUUAUUAUUACACAGAUCACAAUGGUGGAUCUGCUAUAAGAUUAUUAAUUAAUUUAGUUGAGCACCUAAGCAUAACCAAACAUGUUUUCGCUGAUUUGGUUUGUGAUGACAAUCUCUCGGCUAAUGAUUUGGUAUCUGAAAGGAUAGCCAACAUGUUUACAAAACCAUUACAUUGUCUGAAACCAAAUCUCUGUGAAUUUUAAAAGUCGUUCUUUGCAACAUUAGCCAUACAGAUUUAUUGAGUAACGUCUGUUCCUGGACUAGAUAAUAGGUACAUGGUACCGUGGUUAAAAGUCCACAAUUCCAGCCCCCCCCCCCCCUCUCAGGGUAAUUGGGCCUUCUUCUUUCACUUUUCCGGCUCUGGCCCUAAACCUGAUAAACUGCUGUUUCUUUAAAUAAUACUUCAAACAUUGCUGAAAACUCGAAAUUUUUAUAUGUAGAUUCCAAUUAUAAUCUGUUCAUGUUUUUAUCUUUGUUCUUUCAAGAGCCAAUCAAAUUCCAGAAUAGCUCGUAUCCGGUAGUUGUCUAUAAAAUAAAAUAAAAUGUUGGUUUCUGUUCAUACUUGUUGUAGGGAAUGCCUUAGAAUUAAGCAUUGUGCAAAAUGCUUUGAAAGAGGUUAUAGAACUGGAUCCUAAAGGUGAGAAAUGCUAAUAAAGAAUUUAAGAAUUAUUCAUUGAUCGAAUUUUUUGCUCUCAGAAUGUCUCAAGAUAUGGCCAAACGAGUAUGAGAGUAGAUGAGGGUUGGCAACCAGAGCAAGAGCUUUCUCAUCCGCCGUUGGGGUGCAACCCUCUAGAAAAAAAACUGUGUGACCAUACAUUUUUUUUCUUUUUGAUUUGUGAGCUCACGAGAAAAUACUCAGAAUGCUUUGGUUAAAUAUCAUGGUUAAAUAUGUAAACAAGUAUAUUUUCAGGUUCGAUUCCCACCGUGGCUAGGCAUAUUUUUCAAGCUUGCCCGGUGUGGAUACACACUCAGAGUAACACCACAAACAUCAUACUGUGUACUUUAACAAGCAAAUUUACUAUACUGUGCCAUGCUAUGCUACAGCAACUGUCCAGUCACGCAUACGUGAUAAAAAGCCGAUAUAAACUUUAUAAACAAGAGAGAAUGUGAAACGUAACGGAACGGCUAACAUGCAGAUUUGGCCAUCUCAAAUAAUGGUAUUAGGGAGUUUUAUAUUUGACUACGCGGCUACGAAAUCUAGUAUACGACUACGAGAUUUUUCCUUUAAAUAUCUGCACCAAAAAGCUUAAAACUCUACGUAGUUUGAUUCAAGUGUUGUUUUAAAGAUGUGCUAUGCCAAAGAGAAGACGAUAACAAGUCCCAAGUAGCAGAAAUUUAACGGGAAAAUCUUGUAGUCGUACUAGAUCUCGUAGCCGUAUCUAAAGCUUCCUAAUGUUGCGAUAGUACGGUUGCAGACUGCCUCUGAUAUGCCCUGGUCAAACGAGAACAAAGGUUGCAUGAGUUGAUUAGAUAUUAUACCAUGCACGCACGGGGUAAAAAUCUCAUCAUAGUAUAAACCAGUUCAAGAUGAACGUUGAAGAGAUAGAUGAGAGUUAACAGUCACUCGCGAGCAGUGAACUCUAUAAAAGCUGGAUUGAUAAUUCGAGCUGUGUUUCUGAAGCCAAAGAUGGCGGAAAUUGAAACCCGUCUUGUAGGUAUGUCGUAGGCCCCUACGCGAAAAUUCACUGCUUUCAGUACGAAAGUCAUUUCAUGUAGAAAUUUCGUAAUUUUUCGGCCAACUAUUUAAGUCCAGCUUUACCAUUGCCCUAAGAAACUAGAGAAUGUGGUCUAGUUCAGAAUAAGCAAAUUUUAGAAGCACUUCAUCAUAAAGAGCAAAGUUAUUUCACGAGUGAAAAACAAGUUCAGAAAAAUUCCCACGAAGAAACACAAGAAAACGUUUGUUUUGCUCGACUAUCUAUCAGGGAUUUGAACUGAACACAGAAUAAUAUGGAUUGCAGUUGAUCAUCUUAACCUUUUCAUUUAGUUUUCAGCUUUUAGUUAGGGCAUAUACCAUUAAAAUGAGCAUUUAGGUGCAAAGAUUUACUGUCGUUCCAAUUGAAGUGUUCCUCAAAUAUUGAUGCAAUACAUUAACUCAGGCUGGCCAAUUCUUUUCAUCAAGUUCCUCGAGAUAUUCAUACACUUCCUGUGAAAGAGCCAAUUCCAAGUAUUUGAUCAUUUCUGGUCACUUCCUUUCUAUUUAUGAUUGGUUAGUUGCACAAACAACAAAGGUGAUUGGUGCAUUCAAACUAUUCAACAGGAAUUUUACAGUUAUACUAGGAAGUGUGUGAAUAUCUCGAGGAACUUGAUGAAAAGAAUUGGUCAGCCCGAGGUGAUGUAUUGAAUCAAUAUUUGAGGAACACUUCAAUUGGAACGACAGUAAAAACUUCGAUCGGAAAACUUUAGUCAUUUUCAGCUCCCGCGAAGCCCACGCGAAAAACACGCAUGUUUUACACCUACCAGAUGGUGCAUGAAAUAUUCAUGUAUUCUAUGUAUAAAAAUAUCAAAAAUCGGGGGUUUUUUUCUGUGUUGGUGUAAUGUACUCAGGUGAAUAUGAUGCUUGUAAUGUUAGUCUGAGUGUAUAUCCACACCGGGCAAGCUUGAAAAAUAUGCCUGACCACGGUGGCCGUGGCAUCAAAUAUUGUGUUGUUAGUGUCUUUGAUGGAGAACUGUUUUUGUCAGUAAAUCGUAAGUGUUUGAUAUCUAUGUUUCCAUCCAAAUUUCGAGAUUCUAUUUGUGUUUUUUGUAGGGGCAAUAAUUGGUAUAUUUUCUCAGAUAAAUGCUGGUGAUGAUGACGAGUCGAGGGAACAUGCUGUGAAUUUUCUGAAACAAAACGUAUUACAAAUGAUUCCAAAAGUAUUUGACCCCAAUCCUGACGCUGUGGAAGCUCUGACUGAUGAAAUUCAUAAGGUUUGUGGUUUGAGGUAUUUAUUAGAGUGACACUGCCUCCAUAUAGGCUAAGGGGUUAGCUCCAAAUCCGAAUGUCAAAAUAUGCGCUUUAAGGUGGCUCGAUAUAGUUAUCACAAAAAACCCCCUGCUCAAGAAUCGCGAAGUCAAAACCGGGUGACCAUUUUUACGCGCAGGUCGCGGAAACUGAUUAACAAAAUGAAAUAACUUCCAAAAUGACCUGACGUGAGCAGUUGCUCGCGCCAUAUCACGCCAUUGCGCGUGUUCUACAGCGUUUUAUGUCAAUUGCUGACGUCAUUAGAAUUUUCUAUUUUAGAAAAACAAUCUGCUAUAUCUCUUUAUUUCGUCUGGUGACCUAUGUUCAAAUUUUGCAUGCUGUAUUGCACCGCUAAAAACUUAGCCCGCGUGCAGGCCCAAGGGAACUGAUAGUGGGCCUGCAAGCACUAGGCCCGGUAUUUUGUACUUUUCGCGUUCGCCCACGAACGCGGCAUUCUGAUUGGCUGUUUGCUGUUGGAUUCUAUUAUUAGGUCAGUGAUUCAUCACAAAGGCUCUCGAUAAGCUCAAAAUUCGAAAAUUGAUCACUUUUUUCGAUUAUAAAUGGAACAACAACAGACUGUUUAUUGUUUACUUGAAGGAAGAGAUGUUUUUGCCGUUAUGCCAAUGGGGAUUGCUUGUCGUGAGGUGUUGGAAUAGCAAUAUUACGACUGGGGUAAACUAUAGUAAUUACCCUUUACUUGAGUUUCAUUAAUUCAAACAGACUUGAUACGUUAUAUGUUCCUCAAGAAAAUUAUUUUUGGUUGAUGUUGGGAUGUAGUUGCAUGUAAGCCUAUUCGAAACACUUUGCGAUUUACAAGGCUUCGCUGAGAGAGCGAAACAGAAGACGGUAUUAAAUUGCCGUUUGAAACGAAACGAUCUGGACUCUGAACGCUCUCUUAAUUCUUUUGUAGAGUUCUUUACCAAAUGAAAUAACUGAAAUACAUUUCGCACUUUCCGCCGCCAACAAGAAUUGCACACACGAUCUGAUAACUGAGACAAUUUAUUUAUAACAAUGCCAAUGGCGACAGCGAAGCACACAUAAUAUAAAUGCUAAUGUGGUCGCACGACUUCCCUCACGAUUUGAAGUCUGAGACUGGUUUUCUGUUGAAAUUCGUCCUAAUUUGCCUCUUCCGAUUAUAGUUGAAAAUGAGCACUUGCAAAUUUGGCAAUUACUGACUGCGUUGCUUGCUUUUGUGGAGUUAAAACGCAGCCAUUUACACAUUGUUUAUGUUCUGAAUAAGCAGAGAAAACCCCGCAACAUUUUAAUGCGAGUUUGUUUGUUAAUAUUUGGGUGCUGUCAUUGGUUCUUUUUUGACAAUUGACGCGCGAAUGGGGCGUGUUAUGAAAAGGGGCGUUUUACAAAAUACCGGGCCUUGCUUGCAGGCCCACUAUCAGUUCCCUUGGGCCUGCACGCGGGCUACUAAAAACUUUCAUUAUACAAAAAAUAAAAAAAUUCUGUAAUACCAAAACAAUUUUACCGAAGAAUAUUUCAUUUUCCAAAAUAAUGGCAUUACAGAAUUUUUUAUAUUUUGCUAAUUGUUAGCUUUUCGUCCAAGUAAAAUAAUGCACGAGUGAAUUUCGUCAUAGCAACGAACUAUCUGUUACUAAAACUAAUAUAAUUUGAAAGUAGAGUUAUCAAAUAUAUAAAAAAAAACAAUAUCUGCUGAAUAAAUCCUAAAAAUGCGUAGUUUGAACAUGUCAAAGUGUUGAACACCUGAAUUUUUUAAAACUGUAUCGAGCCACCUUAAAGACUCCAAAAAGGCAAAAACCAUUUGGAGAGAAGUAGAGCUAGCUAUCGUCUAAACCUGGAGUAAAUGGCUAUCAACUUCGAAAAUAUUCUAAAAAUCAGGCUGAAAUAGGUUUCGAGCUAAAUUAGAAAAGAUUGAGACGUACACCGAUUGGAGUUUGAUUUCAGGUUCCAUUCUCGUCCCCUAGCUACUAUUUCUGGGUCGGUUGGUACUCCCUAAACCCCAAUGCCUAGCUACAUUGAAAGAUUGGCUACCUCCACAAAAAUAAAAAUCCACAAGAUAUAUAUGUCUUGUUGGAGGGCCAGUGGCAGACACUAUGGGGGAGAAGGCCAGCCCCCAAUAAUUUCGAAAUACCAAUAAAAUCGGUCAUGUUUUCACGCGUUACUGUGGUGUUAAUAAAUUUUUAAAUUGAUGCGAAGCCCAGUCGAAUUGCAUCCACGACCCAACGUUUCGACACUCCAGUCCCGUGUCUUCAUCAGGUGUGAUCUGAAGUCGCUUUUUAUGUACCCAUGGGAUGUCGACGUCAUUUGCCAACAAGAUGGAUAUAUUUUUGUGGCAAAUAAGCACCGUCAUCCCUAUUCAAAGCAUGAUUACUCAUAUUUAUAUGCCACGCUUCUAGGCAGCGUCCUUGGCCAUGGCGAUUGUUAGUGAAAGAAAUGCAGGAUGCGGUGAUUGAAGAUUUUUAGUCGUGCUUCGCUGGAUUUCAUGCGUGGAACAUACCUUGUGCUACCUCAUAAUCCCAUUGCACCCCCCUUGGUCUUUGCCUAAGUUAAGAAGGGUGCCACUCCCUCCCCCCCCCCGCUCCCCCUCCAAUAGUUAAAUAUGUUAAUCGAUACAUGCUCAUUGUGCAAAAUGUCAUUGUACAUUGUCCAGGCAUUCAUAAUUGCCAUAACCAGGAACAGUUGCGAAAAAUGAUCCUCUAGCAGGAAUCGAAGCUAGAAUGGACCAUUUGCAUUAUAAACUAAAUUUUGAUCUAGACAAAAAUUUCAUCACAGCUUGAAAGAGCAUCACAAAAUUAGUAAUAUUCCAAAGUUUCGUUGCGAAAUGUUGUAAAAUGCGGAUAAUAUAGCCUUGCGAAAUUUGCAAUUUUCAGUCAUUUUGUAUUACAAACGGGAAAUUGAUUCCCCAACACCCGAUUGGGCUGUCAAUUUCCCGUGCGUAAUACAAAAUGACUGAAAAACGGCAAACUUCCCAUGGCUAUAUUGUCCGCAUUUUACAACAUUUAGCAACGAAACUUUGAAAUACUACUAAUUUUGUGAUGCUCUUUCAAGCUGUGAUGAAAUUUUUGUCUAGAUCAAAAUUUAGUCUAAUGCAAAUGGUCCAUUGAACCUCUUCAAAUCGUCAAACACUGUUAAAAUACAACACAAAGCCGAACCAACGUAAAUCUUGAAGUUAUCCUGUUGAAAAAGAAAGUAGUGAUACAUUAUAAUUUCGUUACAGAGCUCAGUUGUGUUGCUAUCAGAAUCAAUAUACACUAGUUCAUUUGGAUGACUUUAAGACCCCCUAGACCGCCCUCUCCCAACAGCCGCCUACACAGAAUAACUCUGAGAGCCCUGUGGAAACUGAUUUUAAAAAAACCUCGUUUGUCGUUUAACCGUCUUACUCUGCGCGUAAGCAUUUGCUAGAUGUUAAGGGGGCUUCGGUGGUGAAGUGGUUAGCGCACUUGCCUUUCACCUCUAAGAUUGCUGGUUCAAGCCUCAGUGAGAACUUCUCAAUGUGACUCGAACCCAGUCCUCAUGUGAAAAGAGUAAAAGUCAACGCUCUGCCGAAAGUCGUGGGUUUUCUCCGGGUACUCCGUGUUUCCUCCCACAGGGAAAGUUGACAGGGUGGGUUAAGCACAUAGGUCAAGAGGCAAAUCAUUAAAGUGCAUAUGACAUGAAUUUUUUUUAUUUUAUUAAAUAAAAGAACUCUUUAAGCUCUUUAUGUUUUGUUCCCAAGAUAUUUCAGUUUUGAUUGAUAUGUAAAUAAGUAUGAAUAUGUCCGCAAAUUUAUGACGUCACUUUGGUUGCAAGCUCUUUAAUUUGGUUGAAUAUCAAUGCUAUCAUCCAAGAUGAUAAUUUCAAACUUGACUCACUGGUAAAUGUGAUGAAGUACUGGACAAAAACGUAAGCUGAUAUCUACAGUAUUUAGAGUUAAUAGAUUUAUAAUCAGUGUAAGUUGAGCUUGCAACCAAAGUGAUGUCAUAAAUUAGCGGACAUAUUCACACUCAUUUACGUAUUGAAAUAUUUCAGGAACAAACCAUAAAAACAAGAAACUGAAAAAUAAGUUACACUACAGCUUAAAGAGUUCUUUCAUUCAAGAAAAGAAGAAAUUUCAUGUCAUAUGCACUUUAAUGAGGUAUGGACUAAUAGCGGUUGCUCAAGCGCCAUUUGUAAGCUCAAAGUCUACCUCGGUCUGCUUCACGUCAGUCCGGUUCUAUCUAUCUAUUCACAAUGUAACCAGUCACUGAAAAGCCCUGAUAGGGAGUGUGCUGUGAAAUAUCUGUAUCUGUAAUCAUUAUCUGGUCAACGCAUGUUGUAGGCAUUGCCAGACGUGACUGGUUAUGAAUUCAAAGUUUUUAUCAGUCUUUUGUCGAAGUUGAAGACGAUGGAAUCUGAACAUGAUCAACUGGUUGACUUGAUUGCGGAACAAGCAGAACUAGAAAAUGAACUUCAGGUGAGUCUAUAGAUAUCUUUAGGAUCCUUCCCUAAAGCAAAACCUGAAAUAACAAGAUUUUGUUGGCAUCUUCGCUCGAUUGAAUAAUAGUUGAAAUCUUGUAAAGAUGGAAAUUAUCGAGUGGAAAUUUAUAUACAUUUAUUAGAUGUAUAUACAGGGUGUAUAUAUAAAAAGAAACUGAACUGAUUUGAAAUUGCUCUCAAUUUCGCAAAACAGCUAUCAGUAUCCAGUUUUUGAUAUACAGGGUGUCUAAAAAAAAAACGCUACGGAAAUACAUCGGGCUGUCGUGCAUCAUAAACCUAGCUAAACAAUUCAAUUUUUACAUAGGACGAAAGAGCUGUUAUUUAACUUCUCUAUGAUACCUUUUUUAAAUCAUAACGAUGAGAAAUGGCCAGAUACACGUCAAAUAAAUAUUGCCGGUCGAAAUCACAUUCUUCCAACGUUAGGAAUUGAAAACACAUUAAUUAUGCAAAGUUAGUCAAUCCAGAAGCAACGCGAGCUUGCUGCAAGCAAUCUGCAAGCUAUUUGUUUCGUAAAACGUUUUGAUUACGAAUCUUCUCUGUUCAGGGGUUGAUUGAACUAUGUUUUAUGGACGUUCUCAUUGAGUUAUUGUCUCACAAAGACGAACAUCAACAAGUUGAGCUCAUUUUAGAUAAUUCAACAUUCAAUUUUAAUAUCCUCUUGGGAAUUGUCUAUGGUUCAUUUUCCAUGCAAAUUCCCAACGGUGGAAGAAUGUGAUUUCGACCGGCAAUUUUUAUUUGACGAGUAUAUGUGGCCAUUUCUCAUCGUUACGAUUUAAAAAGAGUAUCAUUGAAAAGCUAAAUAAUUGUUCUUUCGUUCUAUGUAAAAAUUAAAUUGUUUAGCCACGUUUAUGAUGCACGACAGCCUGUUGAAUUUCCAUAGCGUUUUUUUUUAGGCACCCUGUAUAUAUAGCUUCUUUGGGUAGUUAUAAUACAGAAUAAUGAAGAAAAUUCUUGAACUCAAAUUUUGUAAACCAGAGGGGGUGUCUUUUGAAACAAACUAAAAAUGGCUUGCGCACGAGAUUGAAAAGCUUUAAUCGUAUUUUGAGUUAAUGGGUGAAAAAUGUGUUGGGUGUUUAAUUGCUGCACGGAAUUUCAGACAAAAGACCUUAUGCAUAAUGACGUCACAAGGCUUGAUGCCCGCGAGGAAUGCUUGUCUUAGCAGUCUUUGCCCGGGAAAAUUAAACAAUUCAAAAUGUCCACUAUCAAAAUUUUCCUGGGCGAUGACUACUAAGACCAGCAUUCCUUGCGGCCAUCAAGGCUUGUGACAUCAUUGUGCAUAAGGUCUAUUUGCUUCAGUUUCGGCCCAAAUGUGGUGCAUUUUCCCGUGCGUAAUACAAAUUAAUACAAAAUUUGCAAUUUUUGUAGGGUUAUAUUUUCUUCAUUUUACAACAUUUCGUGGCCAAAUUUUGCAAUUUUACUAAUUUUAACUUGCUCGUUCUAGCUGUGGUGAUGGAUUUUGUUUUUCGUGCCUAGAUCAAAAUUUAGUCUAUAGGUGGAAUUGCCUAUUUGUUGAUAACCAAAAUAGGCGAUAUGCUUAUAUGCUAUUAAUUUGCUAUAUUUCUUUGCAGCCUAAUGACACAGAAGCCCUGGAAAAGUUCAUCACAUGUUCACGUAGUGCAAUUCCGUUUUUCCAGGUAACUGUACUGUAUACAUUGCAGCCUAUACACAGGAAAAAAUUCCAUUAAUGGGUUUUUGAAUGGUUUUUAAAGAUUUACCAUGCAUGUAUACUAUCAAUGUAAAGACUGAAGUCUUACCAUUGUGUUGGUUAUUAUAGGUUUCCCAUAUGGUAAAUUGGUAAAAACCAUGAUGUUUAAUAUUUACGAUUAAUGGGGGGAGGGAGGGUGGAAUAAAUGUAUCAAGAAAUGAUAUAAUAUAUCUGAGUGCAAGUAUAUUUUCCAGUGUAUAUAGUGUCAAAGAUUGCAGACUGUUGUUCUUGAAUAGGUGGUUUCAAGCAAUCGCUUGAACAAAUUAAUGAUGUUCUCCUCAAAACAAAUGAUAUUCUGAGGAGAUUCGUCCCACCUCAUGUCCUCAUCGUAAUUUACAGGUCAUUAAUUCAGCCACACUUCGACUAUUGCAGCAGUGUUUAGGGUAACUUGGGGAAAAGUCUUGCACAAAAACUACAACAAUUUCAAAAUAGAGCCGCACCUUUUAUAAAUGGUUCAGAUUAUAACACCCGAUCACAUGCAUGAAGUACUGUCUGACCUAAACUGGUUAAAUUUAGAAGACAGAAGAGAACAGCAUUUUAAAACACUUACUGUAUGUUUAAAACGGUGCACAAAUUCACAAAAUGGUGCCGGAAUAUCUUUCUAAUAAAUUCACGAGUGUUUCAUCAAUCCAGAGUUAUAGUCUAUGUAGUUCAGACUCUGAAUUGUUCGUUCGGAGACCUUGACUGAUGCUUUCAGUUUGAUGCUCCGAGUGCUGUCCUGUGGAAUAGAUUACCUGUGCAUGCAGCUAAUGCUAAAUCAAUUGAUCAAUUUAAAACACUUAUAUAGAUUAGUCUAAAAGUUUUUAUCUUAUAAUUAUAUAUAUUUGUUGUAAUCCAGAAAUAUAGUCUCGUCUUUGUAUGUAUGUAGUUAAUGUUAAAUCUUCAUAACUCCUGAGAAGAACAUGAUAUGUGAACUGGAUCAUAGUUUAUUAAUAGAAUAGAUGGUUUGGAAACACAUUAGAAUAACAAUAUAACUCAUCUCUGUUAGUCAACGUUUAUUCAUAAAUAUGUUCCUUCACCGUCAUGUGUGUAUUGUAUUUUUGCCAAAUCCACCAAUAGCAAUUUCCAGUUUACCCUAUUGUUCGAGUCAUGGAUAAGUAUAACUUUCCUAAAACAUUGCUAUUGGUUAGUUGGGCAAAAAUACAAUACGCACGUGAUGGUGAACGACCAGAUUUAUGAAUAAACGUUGUGAGUUAUAUUGUUAUUGUAAUGAGUUUCCAAACCAUCUAUUCUAUAUUAUAUCUACUAUGACUGGACUCCGUGUGUCAGGGUCCCCACGGUCCUUGAAAAUCCUGGAAAGUCCUUGAAUUUGUUAAAAAAAAUCCAGGCCUGGAAAGUCCUUGGAAAAUGAUAAGGUCCUUGAAAGUCCUGGAAUUUUUUUUCAGUAGGCUGGAAAUAAUUGAAGAAUUAUCACCAGCCCAAGGAUUAUUGCCCAAAUGUUAAUUUUCUCCAAUUUCAAUGAAAAUUCCAAUUACACAAGGGCCUAUGAGGCCUGCAUGUAUAAUUAAGGUUAUAUGAGCAAACGAAGGGAGAAAUAUAUGGGUUCCCACUCUUUCGUACCUCACUGGGUACAAAAUCCCUCCCUGGUAUUCACUAGGAGGCUUUACACGUUGAAAAUAGCCGACGGAGCACACGUGGCCGGCGUAUUUAUACGUAAGGAGGAUCACGUGAUCUGGGCUUUUUUCUUCUGUUCACUUCCGUUACUGUACCGGAAGCGUUAAAUUGUGAGCUAAUGCACAGGAAAGGCAAGCCUUACCAUUUGUUUUCCCAUAUAUUUCGACCGGAGUUUGCGAAAUAUAAUUAUGUAUAACAAUUGUCCAAAAGUUGUGUUGCGAAGCUGAUUUUCAAAGAUUUUUCUAGUUGCCAGGUCCUUGAAUAUACUGAAAAAGGUCCUUGAAAGUCCUGGAAAAGUCCCUGAAUUUCAUCUUCACUCUUCACUAAAAGGUGGGGACCCUGGUGUGUAAAUGCGAUGUGCAUCUUUUUUAUUUUAGAAAGGUGCCAGUGCCGAGAAUUUUUUCCUUUAUAUGCUGGAGAAGAUUCUUCCUGUCGUAGAGGACAGUUGCAGUGGCGACGAGAACAGUGAACUCAAGCUGGAUGUUUAUAAAAUAUUAGCUGAACUAUGUGCGCACAAGAUUUCUGACGAAACUCUGCGUCUGUCUGUGGAACCGAUAUUUAGCAAACUACUG